GCGACCGGAGUCCGAUUGGGUCCGGGGAUAGCUUGGGAGCCGUCUGAGGGGUGGAGGGAAAUCCUGAGAUGAGGCAAUGCGUUGGAGGAGGCCGAGUAGCCGGGAGAAGCAGACGGAGAUGGAGCCUGAGGGGUCAUGAGAGAACCUGAGGGUCAGAGAGGCUGAAGGAAAUGGAGGCAUGAAAAAAACCUUCGAGAAACUGAGGGACCGAGAGACGGGGAGGUUGAGAGAGGAGGGAAGCUGAAAACUGGAGAGAUCGAGGGCAAGAGGCUGAUGGGUCCUACCGAGAGAGGCUCACAGGGACUACGAGAGAAAUGUGAUCGCACCGGGAACUUGGGAGAUGGAGGGAAACUAGAAAGAUGAGGGUAGAAACUAGGGUUGUGAGAAAAAGUGUGUAUGUGUGUAUAUGAUGUAUAUGUAUACAUAUAAAUAUAUUUGCGUGAUAUAGAAUAGUACCUGAUACGUGUCAGCCGUAAGUAAACGUUAGUUACCAGUAAAGCUUCAGACAACUGGGUGACAAAAUUUUCGAUGGAGAAAUGGAGAGAGAUGAAGAGAGAGUCAUGAUGGAGGAAGAGACAGUGAUGGAGAGUGACGGAAACGGAGAGUCAAAAAAAGAUUCAAGCAGAAAAUGAGACAGUCAGAUGGAAAACUGAAGCGGAGUGGAGUCAAAUGGAGAAAAGAUAGUUGGAGAGAAAAUCAGACUAAAGAACAGAAUCAGAGUGGGAGAGAAUCAGAUAAGUGAAAAGAGAUGGGACCAGGCAAGGAAGGGGAGAGAGAUGAGGGUGGUGAGCAAGACGGACCAAAAACAGAUUUCUAGGAAAGCCUGUUUUAAGAGCUACAAAAAACAACUCUCUAUUUAUAUCAUUCUUGCUUAGCCACAGUAGAUAAGCUUUUCUCUCCUAGUAUCCUAGUGUAAAUUCCAGGAAAAGGCCCUGAUUGGCCCUCCUUGGGUCAUGUGUCCACCCCUCAGGCCAAUCACUGGUUAAAGGGGGCCUAGGGUACUGUGAUUGGCCAGGUCUUUGUCACUUGCCCAACCGAUAGGAAUUCUCUGACUUAAAGGCAGUGGGAACCAUGUGGAUUCCAAGAAGGGCUGCUCUCCAAAGGAAAGUGCAUACUUUUUUCAGGGGAAAAAAAAAAAAAAGUGCCAGGCAGGCGAAAAACAAAACAUACAUAAUGCCACACUUGCAAAAUUGUGCAUUUAAUUUCAAAUGGUUCAGGGGGUGUGUGUGUUGGGGAGGGGGGGCGGUGUCCUGAAACUCAGUAGACCACACCUCUCUCGUGUGAUUGCCUCUCAUGACCACUUUAUGGUGUUGACUGGCCACGUGACCUACAGGUCAGACAUUCCCUCCUCCAGGGAUCUUUCCCUGACUCCCUGGGCUUCCUUUAUCACAACCUCCAUCUCCGGACUGUCAGAGUCUGGUGAAAGACCACCUGUGGGGACUCAGCAUGGUCUUACUCAUUACUGUUCCUCCCCCUAGUCCAGUGCUUGCAAAACAGCAGGCUCUCAGUAAAUGUUUCUAAAACUGAAUGAAUGUCUUCUGUUCUUUCCCGCAAGCAUUCAGGGCCCGAAAUCCCAGGGUGAACUGGUGUCUGUCCCCAAAGAGAUCACCCCAGGAGUCAUGAAGUGCCCUGUGUGUCACCAGGUUAACCCAGGCCGUAGGCCAUUUACUCUGCCAACACCUGCGGUGAUCGUGUGCCACCACUGAGGAGGAAAUUAGCUCUUUGAAGAGAAAGUGCUUCUUUAUUGCAGGCACUGGCCUUUCACGGCAGGAGGUGGAGAAUGGCUGAGAAUGUUUGGUCCAGGUGAUCAGAACUGAGGCCAGUUUUGUGACAGCACUGGGAUUAGCCACGGCAUGCCCCCUCCCAGAACAAGGGAGGGCAGGGGUCCUCGAGACCGACCCAGGGCUCCCAGUCCAGAAGAGGCCCCAGAGAAAUGGGACUGGAAUUGUCCAGAGACACGUCGCCUCUUUGAGGAUGCCUUCUUCCGUGAUGAGGAUUAUAUCCGGCAGGGUUCUGAGGAGUGCCAAAAGUUCUGGACCUUCUUUGAACGCUUGCAGAGAUUCCAGAAUCUCAAGACCACCAGGAAGGAGGAGGAAGGUGCCAGGCACCCCAAGCACAGCAUCCCAGCACUGGCCGACCUACCGAGUGCUUACGACCCUCGCUACCGCAUCAACCUCUCCGUCCUUGGCCCUGACGCUCGAGGCUCUCGGGGGCUGGGCAGGCGCCUUCCCCCGGAGAAAGUGUCUGAGUUCCGCCGAGCCCUGUUGCACUACCUGGACUUUGGCCAGAAGCAGGCGUUUGGGCGGCUGGCCAAACUGCAGCGCGAGCGCGUGGCUCUGCCCAUCGCCCAGUAUGGGGACCGCAUCCUGCAGACACUGAAGGAGCACCAGGUGGUGGUGGUGGCGGGUGACACGGGCUGCGGCAAGUCCACUCAGGUGCCCCAGUACCUGCUGGCUGCUGGCUUCAGUCACGUGGCGUGCACCCAGCCGCGGCGAAUCGCCUGCAUCUCAUUGGCCAAGCGCGUUGGCUUUGAGAGCCUCAGUCAGUAUGGCUCCCAGGUUGGCUACCAGAUCCGUUUUGAGAGCACACGCUCAGCGGCCACCAAGAUUGUGUUCCUGACAGUGGGGCUGCUCCUGAGGCAAAUCCAGCGGGAGCCCAGCCUGCCUCAGUACCAGGUCCUGAUCGUGGAUGAAGUCCAUGAGCGGCACCUCCACAACGACUUCCUCCUGGGUGUCCUCCGGCGCCUGCUGCCCCAGAGGCCCGACCUCAAGGUCAUCCUCAUGUCGGCCACCAUCAACAUCUCACUCUUCUCCAGCUACUUCAGCAACGCCCCUGUGGUACAGGUGCCUGGGAGGCUCUUCCCCAUCACGGUCGUGUACCAGCCGCAGGAGGCCGAGCCGACAACCUCCAAGUCGGAGAAGCUGGACCCGCGGCCCUUCCUCAGGGUGCUGGAGGCCAUUGACAAUAAGUACCCACCUGAGGAGCGGGGCGACCUCUUGGUCUUCCUCAGUGGCAUGGCGGAGAUCAGCGCCGUGCUCGAAGCCGCCCAGACCUAUGCCAGCCACACCCAGCGCUGGGUGGUGCUGCCGCUGCACAGUGCCCUCUCUGUGGCUGACCAGGACAAGGUAUUUGACGUGGCCCCCCCUGGAGUCCGGAAAUGCAUCCUUUCCACCAACAUCGCUGAGACCUCGGUCACCAUUGAUGGGAUCCGCUUUGUGGUAGAUUCUGGGAAGGUGAAGGAGAUGAGCUACGACCCACAGGCCAAACUGCAGCGGCUGCAGGAGUUCUGGAUCAGUCAGGCCAGUGCAGAGCAGCGUAAGGGCCGGGCGGGCCGCACGGGCCCCGGUGUCUGCUUCCGCCUCUAUGCCGAAUCGGACUACGAUGCCUUCGCCCCCUACCCUGUCCCGGAGAUUCGGAGGGUCGCCCUGGAUGCGCUGGUGCUGCAGGGGGUUUGGGUCUCAUUCCAGAUGAAGAGCAUGAGUGUGGGGGACCCCCGAACCUUCCCCUUCAUCGAGCCCCCACCACCAACCAGCUUGGAGACGGCCAUCCUCUACCUCCGAGAUCAGGGUGCCCUGGACAGCUCAGAGGCCCUCACCCCCAUCGGGUCCCUGCUGGCCCAGCUGCCUGUGGAUGUAGUGAUUGGGAAGAUGCUCAUCCUGGGCUCUAUGUUGCACCUGGCGGAGCCCGUGCUCACCAUCGCCGCCGCCCUCAGCGUCCAGUCGCCCUUCACCCGCAGCGCCCAGAGCAACCCCGAGUGCGCGGCGGCCCGGCGGCCCCUGGAGAGCGACCAGGGUGACCCCUUCACGCUCUUCAAUGUCUUCAACACCUGGGUGCAGGUGAAAUCUGAACGGAGCAGAAACUCACGCAAGUGGUGCCGCCACCGGGGCGUAGAGGAGCAUCGGCUGUACGAGAUGGCCAACCUGCGGCGCCAGUUCAAGGAGCUGUUGGAGGACCAUGGGCUGCUGGCCGGGGCCCAGGCCCCGAAGCCGGGGGACAGCUACAGUCGGCUGCGGCAGCGGCGGGAGCGCCAGGCGCUCUACCAGCUGAAGCGCCAGCACGAGGAGGGCGAGGGGCGCCGGCGCAAGGUGCUGCGGCUCCAGGAGGACCAGGACGGCUGCUCCAGCGGUGAGGACUGCGGCGGCACCGCCUCCCAGGGGGCCGGCCACAGCGUGGACAUCCAGGAUGUGAAGUUUAAGCUCCGGCACAACCUGGAGCAGCUGCAGGCGGCCGCCAGGUCGGCCCAGGCCCUGACGCGGGACCAGAUGGCCCUGCUUAAGCUGGUGCUGGGCCGCGGCCUCUACCCCCAGCUCGCCGUCCCGGACCCGUUCAACAGCGGCCGCAAGGACUCGGACCAGAUCUUCCACACCCAGACCAAGCAGGGCGCCGUGCUGCAUCCCACAUGCGUCUUUGCCAACAGCCCCGAGGUGCUGCACACACAGGAGCAGGAGGCCCGGGGUGGCGACAGGAGCCGAGACGACAAGGACAAGAUGAGCAGCAGGCACCAGCUCCUCACCUUCGUCUCCCUGCUGGAGACCAACAAACCCUACCUGGUCAACUGUGUCCGCAUCCCCGCGCUGCAGUCCCUCCUGCUGUUCAGCCGGUCCCUGGACACCAACGGUGACUGCUCCCGCCUGGUGGCCGACGGCUGGCUGGAGCUCCAGCUUGCGGACAGCGAGAGUGCUGUCCGGCUCCUUGCGGCUUCCCUGCGGCUUCGGGCCCACUGGGAGAGCACCCUGGACCGGCAGCUGGCCCACCAGGCCCGGCGGGGGCAGCUGGAGGACGAAGAUGAGGAGGAAGAGGAGGCCCCAGUCCACCGCAAGGAGGUGGCAGCCCUGAGCAGGGAGCUGCUGCAGUUCACGGCAUCCAAGGUUUCCUACAGCCUCCGGCGGCUCACAGGGCUGGAAGCCCAGAACCUCUAUGUGGGACCCCAGACCAUCACGGCUGCCCCCAGUCUCCCUGGCCUCUUUGGCAGCUCUCCCCUAUCCCCCCACCCCACCAAAGGGGGCUACGCAGUCACCGACUUCCUCACCUACAACUGCCUCACGAGUGACACGGACCUGUACAGCGACUGUCUCCGCACCUUCUGGACCUGCCCCCACUGCGGCCUGCACAUGCCCCUGACGCCCUUGGAGCGCAUCGCCCACGAGAACGCCUGCCCCGAGGCCCCGCAGGAUGGUGCUCCAGGGGCUGAGGAAGCUGCCCCUGAGCCCCCACAGAAGGCGUCCGCCCUCCAAAGGCCCUACCACUGCGAGGCCUGCCAGAAGGACUUUCUGUUCACACCCACGGAGGUGCUGCGGCACCGGAGGCAGCACAUGUGAGCCCAGCCAGUCCUGGACCAGGACCAGGACCAGGACCAGGACUCCCGCCCAAGCCCCCAGCCUAAACUCAGAACUGUGGUCUAAAUAUGUGAAUAAAGUCUCACUGAUGGACUCAGA